AUGGCUGCGGAUUUUCCCUCGCUGCUCGGCCAUGUUGAUGAAUGCAUGGAGCAGCGGGCAUCCUUGCUCAGCGCACUACGCGCGAAGCUCGACAAUGCUGACACUAAGCAGCAGCUUCCCCUGCCAAGCGACGAUGGCCCAGUGUUACUCAGCCUGGCCGAGGAGAUAGAGGAAGCGGAGGUCCCAACUGCGCCCACUCUUGCCGUCAUCGAUGUCGAUGACGAGGAGCCGAGUCCGGCUGCAGCGGGAGACGCGGGAUCGGGAGAUGCAUUCUCUGAUGUCAUGGCUCAGCUGGACAGAGGAUUGGAUGCACGGCAGCAGAUGAUUGACGCGCUCAAAGUGCAGCUCAGCAAGUCUGCCGCCCUGCCCAAAGCCAAGACAGGGCCGAGAACCUUUACUCCUCAGGCAGCGCCGAGGAUGCCGGCCCAGGCGUUUGCUUCGCCAUCCGUCACUGCCGCUUCGGGAUACGGAGCU